AUUGCUAGCUACACCUCUCUCCGGACAAAGAAAAAGAAGAAGCUCAAUCUAGCUACUAUCUAGUCGCGAUGGGGCGGUCGCCGUGCUGCAACGGGGAGGCGGGCGUGAAGAAGGGCCCGUGGACGCCCGAGGAGGACAAGCUGCUGGUGGACUACAUCCAGGAGAAGGGCCACGGCAGCUGGCGCCGCCUGCCCAAGCUCGCCGGCCUUAACCGCUGUGGCAAGAGCUGCCGCCUCCGCUGGACUAACUACCUCCGCCCCGACAUCAAGCGCGGACGCUUCACCGACGACGAGGAGAAGCUCAUCAUCCACCUCCACUCCCUCCUCGGCAACAAGUGGUCGUCGAUUGCUACGAAGCUGCCAGGGAGGACGGACAACGAGAUCAAGAACUACUGGAACACACACCUGCGCAAGAAGCUCCUCGGCAUGGGCAUCGACCCCGUCACGCACCGCCCGCGCACCGACCUCAGCCUGCUCGCCGGGCUCCCGGGCCUCCUCGCGGCAGCCAGUAACUUCGGCGGCUCCGGUGUGGCCACGGCCGCCUGGGACAUUAACGCGCUCAAGCUCCAGGUGGACGCCGCCAAGUUCCAGCUGCUACAGGGACUCGUGCGCGCGCUCACCACCGCGGCGGGUCCCGCGCCCGCGCCGGGCAUGGACAACCUCAUGGCGCUCCUCGCCCUCAGCAACGGCGGGCUACACGGCGGAACCGACCAGAACAUGCUCCAGCAGUGCCAGUGGAACGAGAUGAACAACCUGCCGGCGCUGACCAGCUCAGCGCCAACGAGCGGCAUGCACAACAUCAGCGGCAUGUUGGACGGCUUCAGCGCCGGCGACGGGCUGAGCUCAACGGAGCUUGGGGACCACGACGGGGCGAGCGGGAGCAACGUGACCAUUUAUCCAAUGGUAGCCGACGACCAGGAGUGCAAGAACAAUGGCGGCGGCGGCAUGUCGUGCGAGCAGACGCCGGCGUCGAGCCCUUUCGACGGGCUAGAGAGCCUGAACCUGAUGGACGACCUCAACACGGAUGGUGGUUGGAAGGAUUUGCUAGAGCAAAUUUCAUGGCUGAAUUCAAGUGAGCUGUGAUGGGUAGAUAGAAGAGAUAAGAUCAAGAAUGC